AUGCCAUUCCGCCCACCUAACGUUUCCGCGACAGGCGGUAGAAGAAGAGGAUCGGGUGACUCCUCUGACUGUAUUAUAGAAGGCUCAGGUGUCCCUCUUUCUUCUCUUCAAUCCUCCCAGUCAAACAUUACUGGCAGGCAACCACCAUCAGCUGAACCACUCAACCCCUACAAUCAAAAUCCGAAUCACGAUCGAUAUCAUCUAACAAACCAGAACAACGACGAAGACGACGACGAGGAAGAACUCUAUCCCGAAUCCACCUCUAAUCUUCUUAGACGACAUAUACGAGAUUCAAGAGAGAGAGAAGACGAUGCCCCACGGCACAACCUAGCAGAUGACAAUACAAAUUCAAUUAAUAUUUUUCAAAGAAUAAAUAGACUUAUGUCCAAGACACCUCUCCUAUUACGUUCCGCGCCUGGCUUCGGUACAGGAUCAUAUGGAGCGGCUCCAGUGGGCGCAUCGACAGAGAACAGUGAAGAUGAGGAGGAUCGUCUUGUGAGGAGGGAGAAGAGAAAGAAGAGUUCAUCGGCUCUCGGAAACCUGAAGAAUUCCAGCAGUGCUGCAACAUUCAAAUCGACCCGAUCGAAUUCAGGCCCAUCCUCAUCUGCGAAUGUUGGGACGACUUCACUGAUGAGACGCCGUGCAGGAAGUAAUACACAAAAUGAUGGGGCAGACGGGGUGGAGCUUGGGGUUUCACCAAUCAAGAUCCGUAAUACAGACUCGGAUUCUCUCUCAACCGAUGAUGAUACGGAGGAGGUCCUACUAGACGAAAACGAAGAGGACGAGGAUGGAUAUUCGAUAGAUGAUGAAGAUCCGCCAGACAAUUCUCCUUAUGCUCAAGUUCGAGCUUCGGUGUCUGCCAUCGAUAAUACAACACUGUCAAUCAACACUCCCCGGAUGUGGGCUCUUUCCAUGCUCUUUGCUAUACUUGGUUCUUCAACGAAUCUUUUCUUUUCUUUGCGAUACCCUAGCGUUUCUAUUACACCUGUUAUCGCCCUUCUACUUGUACAUCCACUUGGAUUGAUAUGGGAUGGAUUUCUCAAACGACGAGAUGACCCCAAUGAAGAAUUUGUGGAUGGUCACCGAAGUCCAGAUCGUGAAGGUAAUGAGCGUGGUGGAAAUCCUGCGACUGGCUUACGGCGAUUGAGGUUAUGGUUGGCACAAGGGAAAUGGAACGAGAAAGAGCAUAGUUGUGUCUACAUCAGCAGCAAUGUUUCUUUUGGGUUUGCCUUUGCAACGGAUGUUAUUGUUGAACAAACUCAAUUUUACAACCAGAAGGUUGGGAUCACAUAUCAACUACUGCUUAUUCUUUCUACGCAGAUAUUGGGAUAUGCUUUUGCCGGUCUCACUAGACGUUUCUUGGUUCGACCAGGUGGGAUGAUAUGGCCCGGAACAUUGAUGUCCGCGGCUAUGUUCACAACAUUGCACAAGGAGGAGAACACAAUCGCAAAUGGCUGGAAAAUCACUCGAUGGAAGUUUUUCUUCGUCGUUUGGUUCGGCUCUUUUGUGUUUUACUUCUUGCCUGGUUUGUUGAUGCCAGCUUUGAGCUACUUCAGUGUCAUUACUUGGUUUGCGCCAAAAAAUGUCAUUGUUGCCAAUCUGUUUGGUGUGGCUUCCGGACUUGGACUCUUUCCGGUAACCUUUGAUUGGGCUCAAAUUGCAUAUAUUGGGUCACCACUCCUUACUCCAUUCUGGGCUGCGAUGAACGUCGUUGGGGGACUCGUAAUUGUCAUGUGGAUCCUCGCUCCAAUCGCUUACUAUAAGAACAUCUUCUUCUCCUCUUAUAUGCCGAUUUUAUCCUCGUCUGUUUUCGAUAACACUGGAAAGAUUUAUGAUGUCAGUAAAAUUCUGACAUCUGAGUUCCUGUUUGACAAGCAAGCAUAUGAGAACUAUAGUCGCGUGUUCUUACCCAUUACUUAUGUCCUCAGUUAUGGACUUCAAUUUGCCGCGCUUGCCUCGCUGUUGACACAUACUACAUGUUGGCAUGGUAGAGAUAUUUGGAAGCAAUGGAAGAGAUCUAUAAAGGAGGUUGAGGGAGAAGGGAAAACCGCCUAUGACCCUGUUCCCGUGUCGAAUGGAAAUGGGCAUAGAAGGGGGGCAUCUGCAAACAGCCACAGGCUGAAUCUUGAAAGGACCCCUUCAUAUAUGAAUGAUAUUAUCAGCCAGGAAGAUGUGCAUAAUAGGCUUAUGAGAAGGUACAAGGACGCACCACUCAGUUGGUAUCUAAUCACAUUCGUCUCUAUGCUUGCAGUUGGUAUGUUUGUCGUGGAAUAUUAUCCCGUACAUUUACCAUGGUAUGGUCUACUCCUUGCAUUAGGGAUCUGCACCGUUCUCUUUAUCCCGAUCGGAAUCGUUAUGGCCAUUACGAAUCAACAUAGCAGUAUAUAUCUCAUUUGUCAAUUGGUCUGUGGUGCAGUUUUCCCUGGCCGUCCUGUCGCAAAUAUGGUAUUCGUCACCUAUGGAUACAUUUCUUCUGCACAAGGGAUCAAAUUCUCGUCCGAUUUAAAGCUUGGGCAUUACAUGAAGAUACCUCCCCGAAUCCUAUUUUCCGUCCAAAUGGCUGCCACAAUUGUUUCCUCAAUUACACAAAUUGGCGUUCUCAAUUGGAUGUUCGCCAAUGUUCCUGGUAUCUGCACUCCCCAGGCUAUUAAUGGAUUCGUUUGUCCACUCGCUCGUGUCCAUUUCAACGGAAGUAUUCUUUGGGGAGUCGUGGGCCCCGGUCAAUUUUUCGGCCCUGACGCCACUUAUCGGGCCCUCGUAUGGUGUUUCCCCAUCGGUGCCAUUGCGCCCAUCAUCCUGUGGCUAUAUUGCCGCGACAAAAAACACAGCAUCGUACGAAAGAUUAAUCUCCCUGUCUUAUUUGGCUCUCUAUCAUGGAUUCCCCCGGCUACCGGUCUCAACUUUUCGGUCUGGGCAUUGGUCUGCUAUCUCUUCAAUUAUGUUAUCAAACGGAAGCAUUCGGCCUGGUGGGCCAAGUAUACAAUGACUCUGAGCGCGGCUUUAGAUUCAGGUCUUGCAUUUGGACUGGUGGUGGUGUUUUUUGGAUUUGUGUAUCCGGGAUGGAUGGAAAACUUCAAGUGGUGGGGAACGGAAAUCUAUAAACAGGGUUGUGAUUGGCAAGCUUGUGCAUAUAAAAGUGUUCCAGAAGGUAGCCAUUUCGGGCCGGAUACAUGGUAG